AUGAAUAAGGAUUCUUACAACCCUCUGCUAGCUGAGGACUAUGGCGAGGAUGCUGCCUUUGAGGUUACUGCUACUCCUACGCAUACAAACACAAGACGCAACUGCCUCUCGAGAUAUUUAAUCAUUGCUAGCAAAAUCUUUCCUUGGAUUCUCUCCGCCAUUUUCGUAUCCAUCAUUAUCUACGAUAGGUCUAAUGGCUGGGAUCGAUUUCGCCAGCAUAAAUUUUAUGCUUCGCAGCAAACUUACUCUCCGGCUCAAGAUGAGAUUAGCUACAAAUUAACGAAAUUUCACACCAAUAUUGUUGAUGCUCCAUCCGAGUUUCAGGGUGGCCCGUCGGAAGCUCUUAACCAGGCAUGGGAUGGGCUGUUUAAUUUCGGCAUUUCUACAAUUCCCAAAAGCCAGGCAAAGUUGUUGCCGAAUUAUACAUCGCCUGUCCCUGGCCAUGAAGAUGAAUACAUUGUGGAACUUGACGUGUUUCAUCAACUUCACUGCCUUCGCUCUUUAAACUGGACAGUACCCCCUUCAUACCCUUACGAGGCCUUUGAAGAGAAUCGCGUCAAGCACAGUAUCAAUCCUUGGCAUAUCGGCCACUGUCUAGAAAGUCUACGUCAGUCCAUUAUGUGCCACGCUGAUAUCACUCCUGCUGUUUGGCACUGGGACCAUUCUGUUCCCAACCCAACAAAGAACAAGCCGUGGCUUACUGUAUUGCAUACAUGUCGCGAUUUCGACCAGAUCCGCGAGUGGGCCAAGAAGCACAAAAUACAGUGGGACUUUGACUACAAAGUUGAAAUACCACAGCAAUUUAAUAUACCAACAUAUCCAUAA